AUGAGACUACGGCAAAUUCAUCCGAUCUUCGCCUUUCUGCUGGGUUUCGUCAUCCUGUCAUGUUUCCUCGAAAUAUACAUGUAUAGUGGCUUGGUGUUGUGGAUGGGAUGGCCGUCCGAUAAAAUCCAGGCGGGGCAAAAAAGCCGGCCGCCGACCCACCGUAUGUUUCAAGCUUCAUCCGGGCAGCAGACUUCCAACUCAAGGACUCAACUCCCCAACGGCCUUCAGAAGAUGAAUUUACAUCCCUCAGUCGCACCGUGUGAGGGCGGUACACCAGAGCCCAACUUGGUCUUCAUCAAAACGCACAAGACUGGAAGCACCACUCUGUCGCACAUCAUCAACCGAUUCGGGUACACACGAAAGCUCUCCUUCGCUCUCAACAAAAGACAAACAAACGGACAUCUCGGCUAUAUCAAUUUAUCAACGACAACUCCAGAAGAAAUAUUUCUCCCUCCAAUUGGGGUUUCCAAUUUGUCCAGGACUUUCAUGUACAACUUGAUGACCGGCCACGCCCGCUACGACAGGGCCAAGAUGGAUGCCUUCAUGACGUCACCAACUCAUUACGUCACAAUCCUCCGCGAUCCGGGUCACCAAUUCGAAUCUGCUUUCUCACACUUCCAGUUCGAUGAUGCGUUUCUCAGCAAAAUGGAACGGAAACGUUAUAAGACGAUACCAGCCAAGUUAGAACACUUCAUGGAAAAACCAGAAUUUUACCAGGACAGGCUGAAGCAUUUAUCAUGGGAGAAGCAAAAGGGACUUCGCUGGUACUACGCAAAGAAUAAUCAGAUUUUUGACAUGGGUUUGGAUCACGAGCACCACGAGGACGACGAUAUUGUCUCAGCGUACAUCGACAAGCUAGAAGCAGAGUUGGAUUUAGUUUUGAUAACCGAGUACUACGACGAAUCGUUGUUACUCUUGAAGAGUUGUCUUUGUUGGGACACGGCUGACAUUUUGUACGUGUCCAAAAACAUGAGGCCGCCCCCAACGCCCGUUUCCGAAUCACUCAGGAAGAAGCUGAGACAAUGGAAUUCGGUGGAUGUUAAGCUUUAUAAACAUUUCAAUAAUUCCUUAUGGAACAAGAUCAGAGAAUACGGGCCAAACUUCCAGACCGAUUUGGCCAAAUUUCGUGAGCAUCUUAAGGAAGUGUUUGAUGAAUGUGUUGGAGAUUUGAAAGUCUCAAAACAGGGUCGGUUCAAGUACUCAAAUUAUAAGGUCAAGGCGGGAUCAGGGGUCAACUGUACUUUGAUAGCUGAAUCAAAAUCCGCUUUGUUCUCUUCAAUAUGGCAGCGUCAGUCACAACAAACCGACACUUUAGUCAAAGGAGGGAACACGCAACUGUCACUUAAUAAUUCUUUGUAAAAAAAAAUAAUUUCAAAGGAACUUUACCGAAUUGGUAAGAGAUAAAAUCGUCUAAAGAUCACAGAUUUACAUAAAACUUGCACGGUCUAAUGAUGAUGACAAUAGAAAACAUCCAUUGAAAUAUCUCUGUCUGAAAUGUCUUAAUUUGAUGAGAAAUAAAUAAAGCUAAUUUCCCGUUCGCGUUUAUCGCUCAGUUAGCGUUUUAUACAAAAAUGUUUAAUCGAUGUCAUCCAAAAUGUUUUUAACUUUCUCGUGACCCAGAUGGCCGA